AUGACAGCCACCCGCAAUCACAGUCAAGUUCUGAUUAAUUGCCGGAACAACCGAAAGCUUCUGGCACGAGUCAAAGCAUUCGAUCGCCACUGCAACAUGGUCCUCGAGAACGUGAAAGAAAUGUGGACGGAAAAGAGUGGCAAAGAUGGCAAGAAGGGAGUCAACAAGGACAGGUUCAUCAGUAAGAUGUUUCUGCGAGGCGACAGUGUUAUCCUCGUUCUACUGAGCUGA